UAUAAUAUACUGGACUUCUAAAAUUUACUGUAUGGCAAAUUGUUUAAAUGGUGAUCUAUUUAUGUUUUUAUACCCAGGGUUUUUAUAUUGAGGCACAAAAUGUUACAAAUGGUGCAAGAAACCUGCACAGUUGCCUACAGUGGAAUCUCACAAGAAUGCACUCCCACCAGAUUUGGACUGGACGCAAGUCACUGAGUUUACUGGACGAUAAAGUGUCAGUGUUUGUAUUUCAGAUAGUAAAAAACAAACCAAAAAAACUUCAAAGGACAAGACAGGACAUAUUUCAAUAUUUUUACAGUUUUACAGUUUUCUCUUCAAAUUCUGCACCUAUUAAAUGAAAUGUUCUGCCUCAUGUAUCCCAUGAUCCUCUAUCACUAUGCUUUUGAUGCCAAUCCACUUGUACAGAUGUGUGACAAAUUAAAGGAAAAUGCCCUCGGGGUCCAUCCAGAGGCCAUCAGAGGGCACUGAAAGCUUUGGUAAAAAUGAAAAAGACAGUUUAGGGGUCAUCAGUCCCUAUUAAAAACAUGGAUAAACUCAUAAGACUCUUACAGAGUUCACAGACUCAUAGACUCAAAGCCAGGGUACACUAAAGACACAUGACCAACCAAAGCUCAUUCUGUUAUUUUUUUCCCUUUAAUUUUUCACUCAUCUGUAUAUGUGUAGCUGGUCCGUAUUUUAUGUUUCUAAUGGAAAAAAUAACUCACAGAUCAUUCAGUGUUUACAAGUUUUCAAAUAAAAAUCUACCUUUUUUCUCUUUAUUAAUUGAAUUGUUUUCACAUGUUGAUGGAUGAGAACUUGUUAAUUGAAAUUAUGCUGUAAUUAGGGCCUGUUUGACUGAUUUGGCUGCUUUAUAUACGCUGUUGCCCAUAAAGUUGUAAUAAUUUUUGUUUUCAGACACAUUCUCCCUUUUUUUAUUUAUACACAUCAGUAAUCACCUUCGACCAGAUACAAUGAUUAUAUAGAGUCCCAGUUACACUUUAUCUAUCAAGAAAAAAAUCACAUUGUCUCAAUCAUUUCUGGAGAAGAGGUAAAUCAAUAUUUUGUUCCAAAUUUAUGGGCAACAGUGUAUUAUAAAGCACCUUGAGGCAUUUGUUUUACUGGGCUAUAAAAAUACAAUUAUCCUCACUUUAAAUUUUAAGGGCAUUCACCUAAAUCAAAUUAAUGGUCAGCUUUUAAUUAAUCGAUUAUCUGAACCAUGAAGACAAUAUACUUGAAUCUGAUCCAGUGUAAAUAUAAUUCUUUUAAUUAUGGGUGACUAUUGUCAUGUGCUCCUAAUCUACAAUACCUCUUUAAACAUCAGGCAAAUGCAUCAUGUGCAUCAGUUUAACUGGUUGUUUUUUAUAGCCUGCAGUGGGAAAAAAAUCAUCAUGAGGUGUUUGCGAAAUGAUUGGUAGUUACCCUGCAGCUGAUCAUCCUCUAAAUCAGACAAGAGCCCAGCCAUCAACAAUAACUGCUUUGGGUGUGACUUUCAAUUGCUGUCUGACUGAUUCUAACUCAAGAUUUUUCUCCAAAGUUUUCUUAUCUUUUUAAAGACAGAGAUUUUCUACCCGGUCAAAACGUAUGGGUCCUUCCAUUGAUUUUUCGCUCAUUUCUUCCUGGUUAAUGCUCUGUGCUAAACAAGGGCCAAAAGCAGGUGUCGGUCUGGCCACUGUUGUUAUCUCCUUUGUGUUUUCCACUUACUACAAUGUGCUCAUGUGCUGGGCACUUUAUUAUCUCUUCAACUCGUUCGAAGCGUCCCUCCCUUGGACAUCCUGCAACAACACUUGGAAUGCUGUGGAGAACUGCUCCAGUGGUUUCCCAGGCAAUGCAACCCACCUGCAGUCUGCAAGCCAGCAAUUCUUUGAUUACAGGCUCCUGGAGAAAACUGGUAGCAUUGAAGAAGCUGGUGGUAUUCGCUGGGAACUCUUUGGCUGUCUUAUUGCUGCCUGGAUCAUUGUUUAUUUUUGCAUAUUUAAAGGAGUCAAAUCCACAGGAAAGGUUGUGUAUUUCACAGCGAUCUUUCCUUACUUCAUCCUGGUUGCCUUGCUCAUUAAUAAUGUGCAGCUUCCUGGAGCCAUGGAUGGUAUUCUCUACUUUGUGACACCUGUGUGGAGCAAACUGUUUGAAAUUAAGGUGUGGGUAAAUGCAGCUGCACAAGUGUUUAACUCCAUUGGAAUAGCAUUUGGCUCCAUGGUGUCAAUGGCUAGUUACAACAAAUUCAACAACAACAUUCUCAGGGAUGCCUUAAUCGUAUCAUUAACUAACUCAUUUACUAGCAUGCUGGCUGGCUUUGUGAUCUUCUCAGCUAUUGGCUACAUGGCUCACAUACAUAACCUCCCAGUGGACAAUAUAGCUACAGAUGGUCCUGGUUUGGUGUUUGUGGUGUAUCCUGAAGUUCUGUCCACUAUGCCGGUUUUCCAGCUGUGGGCUCCCCUCUUCUUCUUUAUGCUACUGUGUCUGGGCCUUGACAGCCAGUUUGCAAACGUUGAGGUGGCUAUUACAUUCAUAAAGGAUGAGUUUGGCCCCGAGAUCCUGCGUUUCCUAAAGCGAGAGGAGCUGCUGGUCCUGGCUGUGUGCGUCAUCUGCUUUAUUUUGGGGAUUCCUCAUAUAACCAAGGGAGGAAUCUAUGUGUUUCAGCUGAUGGAUCACUACACAGCUGUGGUUUCUCUCAUGUUCUUGGCUUUCUCUGAAGUCGUUGCUGCCUGCUGGCUCUUUGGUGUACCAAACAUCUCUUGUAUGGUUGAGAGGAUGUUAGGAAGACCUCCCCACAUCUACUUUCUUCUGUGCUGGAGGCUGCUCUGUCCUGUGUUGGUGCUGAUCAUUCUGAUGUCCAGCAUCAUCCAAUACACUCCUGCUCACUAUGGCAAGUACACCUACCCAGAGUGGGCUGAGGGAGUGGGCUGGUGCAUCUCACUGGUCUCCAUAGUGUGGAUCCCACUGGGAGCCAUUCAAGAGCUUUACAUCAACAAAGGCUCAAUUCUUCAGAGGCUGAGAACAGCUGUGACGCCUACACUAGACCUGGAUACAGAUGACUCCCUGCCAGAAAAACAAAACCUGGACAACGCAGUGUCUGAAACGUUGUGUAAAUCAGUGGUAUGACCAUGGAUUCAAGUUACUAAACCCCAGUGGUAGAUCCUAUUGAAAGAUCUAAAACACAAACUCAAAAACAUCCCUGAUAUUUCCAGUAAAAUUACAAGAAAAGAAGAAGAAGAAAGGUUUUAUCCACUACGUAAACUAUUUUAAUGUCAUGUAUGCAGCAACCAAAGACUGACAUUUAAAUGUGUCCUACUUGCUCUAGUUUACUGCGUGUCAAUCAGUAAAAGCACAGACGUUGCACUGACGUUUAUUCCUUGCAAUGUGUCAAUGAGUUUGCGUCAUGAGAGGCUGUGUCAUGUCAACCCCUGUGGUUACCUUUUCAUCUAAACAUACCUGUGGACCAAAACUUUGAGGUCUAAUACGUCACAAAGCAGCUGAUGAGUCCUCCAAACGCAACAGGGAAUUCUGUUAAUUUAUAUUCUCGUAUAAUUUGUGGUUUCCUAUUGUAGAAUUCAGGUGAUCGUCGUAUGUUCUUACAGUCUCAAUAACUUCAUGGCUGUGUUUUAGUGUCGACUGUCUGCGUUAUUAGCGUUCACAUCUGUGACGAAGACAGUCACAUUUUGGACCAGGACAAUGGAUUAAUCUCCAACAGAGGCAGCCGGUGUUUCAUACAACCUUUGGCCUGUAGUGUCUGUGUAUCUAAAGUGUGUGUGAACUUGGGUAAAAUGUGAACAGUAAGAGGCUGUGGUGUUCAGAACGAUUAUACUUUGCUAAUUUCUAGUUACUGAGAACAUUCACAAGGAUGAAAAGUGAAACAAAUUUAAAUACAGAGUUGAUUCAUAUAAAAAGAGUUACAUUCAAGGUUUUUCUGAAAUUCCUUGACCGUUGCCUCCCCUCCUUCACCCAUGUGAUCAGGGCAGCAGGUUAAUGUUAUGCCCAACUCACGCUCUACUAGCAGUGGCUGUUGUCUGAUCGUGUUACUUUGCUAUAAUCCAUUUGACUUUCUUUUUUUUUUCUUUUUUUUUUUUUUACUUUUCUUUCACCCAUUUUGGAAGAAGGGAAGUCACAAGCCUGCAGAGAUUGUAAGUGGUACUUUGAUCUACUGUCAUCAAACUAAACUGAGAUAAUGAAGUGGAUAAUCUUCACAGGGACUUUGCAUCUAAUUCAGUUUCAUUUUUUGUUAAACCAUGAGGCCACAGUUAUUGACUGACAGCAUUAUUGCAACAAUCUGUCGAACACAAACAUAUGCUCUGGUGAAAAAUUAUUUAUUUAACUUAAGCGUGAGGUUUUACACUAGUGUUAAGUGUUUUAAUCAUUGACCUCUUGUCUUGGAAAGAACAAACUUUUCAUUUAACAGCGCCUUUUAUGCAGAAAACUGAAAACAUGCAUUGCUUAUAAAAUGAAGUGAGGUCCUGUUUAUUACUUGAUUUUAUUUUAUUUUUUUUAUGUGGUCACUCCAGUUAUAUUUCCAUAUUUAUAAAAAAAAAAAAAAAACAUGUUGGUUAAUUUUUAAACACUGAACAGAAUGAACAUCACUGUCAAGGAACUUUGUUUCCUGCCUAAAGUGCCUUUUGUGUUUUUGUUUUUUUUUUAAUAAUCAAUAAUUAAUUGACAGCCAAAGCUUCUGUUUAUUCUUAUAGAAUUGCAAACUUUAAAUGUUGUGGUAAGCUACAUAAUUUUAGUUUUAACUCUUGCCAUACAGUGUGUUAUCUGUUAAAAUAACAAAGAUAAUAGAUAAGAAUAAGUUGCUCUUUGUUUUAUUUGAGUAGAAAGCUACAUAUACAGUCUUGGAAAUUAUUAUUAGACCACUGUGGCAAGGUACAGAAAUGUCAACAAUUAUCAGUGAAACAGACUAGUGGAGCCAUCAGGAAAUGUGAGGUAAAAAAAAAAAAAAAAAGAAAAGAAAAGAAAUUGCAAAGGACUCAAAUAUUUAUACUGACAAAACAGUAACAAAUAAAAUGGAAGUUAA